AUGUCGUUCCAGGGUCCGUACGAUUUCAAUUUCAAAUAUACUGAAAAGUGUGAAAACGUGGGUACUGGGGCGAUACAAAUUUCAAACUUUAAAACAAACAAAAUUAAUAGGAAAACAUUUGUCUACAGUGGGAAAAUUACCAUUUACAACAGGACUAUCAACGACGACAGUGACAGGCCGUACGAUUUCAACUUCAAAUAUAUUGAAAAGUGUGAAGACGAGGGUACUGGAGAGAUGCAAUUUACAGACUUGAAAACAAACAAAAUUAAUAGAACGACGUUCGCUUGCAGUGGAACAUUUACCCUGUACAACAAGACUAUGAACGACGACAAUGAACUAGAGUUCGUUGUGGCAAACUGGGGAAACGGUGGAUGGAUAAACAAUUACUUUGUAAAGCGUUUUGGAAAACCAUUUUCAACUUGGAGAAACAUAUUUCCAAAAUAUUACGACCAAUUGUUUGAAAAAUUUGGAUUCGGCGAGCUACCAAUACAACCAGGUGUAUACAAGGCGAAAGAUGUCUAUAUCAUGCCCGAUUUACAAAUAAAAGUUCUCCCAAACAACAAAUACAAAGGGAGAUUUUCCUUUUUGGACAAAGGAGUCAAAUUCGGCUGCUUAGGAGCCCAAUGGGAAAUUGCUCCAGCUUCUAUACAAAAAAAAGGCUAAUCAACAAA